AUGCACAUUGGUUUGUUUAGUUUGUUUGAAAGAGCAAUCUCUGCUGCUGGUGAAGACUUCAGAUCUGACAAACUUUGGGAUGCAUACAUUGAAUGGGAAAAGGCGCAGAAACAACUUCAGAAAGUUACCGCACUCUACGACCGAGUUCUGACUGUGCCGACGCAAAAUUAUAGCAAGCAUUGGAAAAAGUGAGUAGUGACGCCCAACUGAUGUCUACGUCAAAACUAUUUUUUAUUUUUUGGUUGAGAUUUUUGGACAUUUUUUUUUAAAGUUUUGUAUUGUUUAAACAUUUGUUAUAAAACCUAUUAUAGUUCAAUUCCAUGGGUGACACAUGACAUUGUCAUGCCAUAGUAUUUGAUGCCAGGAAAGCUCGGUACUCGUACUGUCUUGGUCAAAUCGAGACCAUGUGAGGGUCAGGGUGUAGGUAUAUGCUGCUGUUUCAAUCCUGCUCUUUCAUCGAUAAAACUGUUAUUAUCUAGUGUGUGUUUGGGUUUUGAUGGAAGAUUGGUGUUUUUGUGCACAGGUUUCAAGAUCAUGUCAAUACGAAUCCCUUAGAAGACGUGCUUAUGGCAGAAGAGUUGCUGAAGUUGAAGGCGGAAGUUGGUGCAGCCCCGCCUGGGUUUACAGUUGAAAGUGAGCCUGCUAUUGAUGCCCCACCAGGUGGGUUUAUGAACAGUAACAGAACCUAUCUGAUGAUGGUCGGUUCAUACAGUUGUCUGAUAAUAAAUAGAGUUAGUUUAGGUUUCCUCCUGUGGUAACACUGGAUCAAUAAGAGAUGAUCCUUACUGGACCUCUAGGAAGAACAGUUUAGAACUGAUAGAGCUAUCCAGUAUAAAUAAAGUUAGUUUAGUUUAGGUUUUCUCCUGUAGUAUACACUGGAUCAAUAAGAGAUGAUCCUUACUGGACCUCUAGGAAGAACAGUUUAGAACUGAUAGAGCUAUCCAGUAUAAAUAAAGUUAGUUUAGUUUAGGUUUGCUCCUGUAGUAACACUGGAUCAAUAAGAGAUGAUCCUUACUGGACCUCUAGGAAGAACAGUUUUCAACUGAUAGAGCUAUCCAGUAUAAAUUAAUAAGUAAAGUUAGUUUAGUUUAGGUUUGCUCCUGUAGUAACAUUGGAUCAAUAAGAGAUGAUCCUUACUGGACCUCUAUAGGAAGAACAGUUUAGAACUGAUAGAGCUAUCCAGUAUAAAUAAAGUUAGUUUAGUUUAGGUUUCCUCCUGUAGUAACACUGGAUCAAUAAGAGAUGAUCCUUACUGGACCUCUAGGGAGAACAGUUUAGAACAUAUAGAGCUAUCCAGUAUAAAUAAAGAGUUUAGUUUAGUCUAGUCUAAACUUUAUUUCCUUACUUAAGGUGGAGCUGUGCUUGUGGUCGAAGCAAUUCUAAAUGACGACAAGAACGGUCCAGUAAGAGUCCAUCUCGAGUCCCUAGUCAUGCUGGCGGCAACUGGCGAUGGCCGAGAGAGGAGUGGUAAAGAGUAUACAGAACUACUUAUGAAGCAUGGUUUUGUGGAUGUCGAAGUCUACCGAGAAGGCACGCUAUUGGACGGAGUGUUGGCUAGGAAACCAAUGAAUUAA